UAUGGGACUCAAAUAAAUGAAUACUCCUGAUGGCUUUCCAAUUUUCCAAAGUUUUGUCCUAGUUUAAAUGUUGAAAGAAAAAAGUGAUAUUAUGUCUUUUAUUUGCUAAAGGUCAAGAUUAGCAACGUUAAUAAGCUGACAUGGCAUAUGUCAUCAGAUAAAUAACAGCUAUGACCAAACCGAAACACCAUACUUGACUUGGUGCUCAUAAUGCUGAGAUGUUUAUUUUACAGACUACGCGGCGCCUUCGCCAUGCGGUCGGCUGGAAUCAUCAGGAUGAACUACUCUGGAAAGCAGGCUCUCUGCCUCUACCUACUCGUGGCUCUAGCCAUAUACUUAAGGUUCCUCCGUGGCCUUCAUAUAUUCACCUCGUAUGAGGAGCUAUACAGGACCGCCGCCCGGAAGUUGGAAGAGGAAGCGCCAAAAGUGUCAGAGCUAGACUGCAGAAUCUUCAUGAACGCCAAGAACAGUUGGAACAAAACACUGGACGGCCUCUCGAAAACGCAAGUCAAAGAGAAGAUCGUGUACAAGGGAAGCUGCGAGUUCACGCAGAGCACCCUGUGGCAAGUUCCAGCGUCCAGGCUUGAGCAGAACUUUCCGAUAGCUUAUUCCGUCAUGGUGUAUAGAGACUUUGACAGAUUCGUGCGUUUACUGCGUGCUAUCUACAGGCACCAAAACGUUUACUGUAUACACGUAGACCAAAACUCUGACAAGGAAUUCCAGAGCCAAGUGACACAUUUUGUUGGCUGUUUUAGCAAUGUUUUCCAGCCGUCAGAUCCCGUUCACGUUCAGUGGGGUCUAUCGUCAGUUCUAGAAGCUGAAUUGGUGUGCAUGAGAGCCUUAUGGAAUCAUCCAAUCAGAUGGAAAGCGCUGAUCAAUUUGACUGGUCAAGAGUUUCCAUUGAAGACAAACCUUGAGUUGGUGAACAUUCUGCAGGUUAUGGCUGGACAGAAUGACGUCUGGAUUGACCCUUGCACGUACGAUGGUCCAGGAGACUACCAGGAUGAGCUGUGUCAGUCAAUAACACCUGAAGGAUUUAGGGAUCGCUGGAAAAAGAUUGAAGCUCCGCCCUUCAAGGUCACGCCUUACAAAGGCCAAGUUCACGUGGUACUGUUUCGUGCAGCCGUGGACUUUAUACUUCACAGCUUCGUGUCGCGGGUGUUCCUGGAGUGGGUGAACAAGACCAACAUUCCAGACGAGCUGUACUUCAGUUCUCUAAACAGCAACCCCCAUGUCGGCAUCCCUGGCGGAAACAAAAAUCCUAUGGCUCUCAAACCCAGCAUCUCAAGAUUCAAACUCUGGUGGAACAGGCACAAACAUAUCGUCAAGUCCUGCGACAACUACGUCCGCAACAUCUGUCAGCUGACCCCUCGGGAGCUGUCUGCUAUGACCACGUCCAAGCAGCUGUUUGCCAACAAAUUCAAAGUCGAUCUGAAACCUGCGGGCUACAGCUGUCUGGAAGAGUGGUUCUACCAGCGCGUGCUGAUGGAACUGAAGACCAACAGAAUUCAACUCGACUUGACCUAUUACAGAAAACUUUUUGCUCAGGAGUAGCACGAACUUAUUCUUUCUAGUCGUUCUUAGCUAAGCCAUUGAUCAAUGUAUACAGAUACAAUGUUUGUAUAAUAGGUGCAAUAACCUAAAGUUACAGAAAUACAUAGAAGCAUUUUAUAAAUAUCAAAUAAAUGGUAAACUAGGUAAUACUUAUAGAUGGUUACAAUUUAGUACUACUAAUUAACGGUUACAUUUAAUUACUGGUAAUUUCGAGGACUGAACUAAAUACUAUUAAUUAAGGACAAUUAAUUUGUACUACUAAAUAAGAGUAACAACUUAUUACUAGUAAAUAAGUUACAAUAAAGUACUACUAACACAUCACGGUAUCAUGCAUUGGGUAGUCGGACAAAGCUGAAUGACUAAUGAAUGUUUAUUAUAGCCUAAGCUAUUUUGAGUGACUGUUGAUAUUAUGUGAACUUGUCCAGCCACUAUAUUUGUUUAUAUAAUUAGGUGCAUAUAUGUUAGUAUUGUUAGUUAUGUAUAACUGUGUAUCAUCUUGUAUGUGUAUAGCAUGUAAACAGCUCAAAAGGCUAUAGAACUUUGAGGAAAACAAUCUUACAGAACUUAGAACGAGCAAUGAUUUCCUAUAUCCUGAUGAAAAAAUCCUAGGCGUAUCCACCAUACUAACUAUUUGUUUCUUCAAUUCAUCGGUCUGCUUCAAAAUCUAUAUUUAGGGUUAUCUCCAACAAGCAGAGGCUUGUGUUGCAUGUUUCGGGCGUUUCUUUAGAAUUGACGAUUUAUUACAUUCCAGCAGGACGUAGUGAAUGGGGGGGGGGGGGGAGGGCAGGGCUGGAACCUUGGACCAUCGAGACCAGAGCUCAGAGCGCACACCACACAACCAGGUUGUCAUGGUGAUUAGUCCACCAUUGUAUGUUACCUGCUAACCAUUGUAACUUGUCGACCGAUCAUUCAACUUUUAGGUAGCCCGGAUGGAGGAGUUACAGACAUGUCUGUCUGAAUAAAGAGAUAACAGUAUGUUGUUAUCAUGAACUGUUAUUAAGCCUUUUUUUUUUUUUUACUUUUACAUGCGACAGUGAAAGGACAAAUGUGCAAUUAAAACCAUGAUGUUUUUUUUGU